UCACGCAAAAUUUGAUAUUUAGAAGGGUAUCCAUGCAAAAAACCCAAAAUUUUAACAUACUGGCCAAACUUAAUGGACUGGUGUUGUUGAGACCAAAUUUAAUUAUUGAUAGAUUCAGCAGCAAAGCAGCUGAACCACUUAGGGUUUUUUUUUUUUUUUUUGACAAAAGAACUAUUUGAUUGAAAUUGGCUUUUUUUCACUUGACUCUUGCAUGUUGGAAACGUAAGGCAAUCUAGUAGAUUUUCCAACAGGACUAAUUGCCCCUCUCUUGAAGGCUGGCUAUUUAGCCUUGAAUGGAGGACAAAGCAGCUAUUGAUUUUUUUCAUAGGAAGUUUCGACAUGGACUUGAAGAGGCUACAAAAUCUUCAUAAUAACUAGAUUUUGAUAAUUCACCUUGCUCGACUGCCUUACACCAUCUUUUCCCAACAUUACUUGAACUUCAUUUGUUUGUUCUUGCAUGUCGUUUGGGUUAACUUUCCAUCAGUGAAUCUUCUCAUGAACCCUAAAAUUAUAAAUGACCUGAACCCUCCCACGUCUAGGCCAUCAAUCAUAAGAGAAGGACUUGGUUGCAGGGUAAAAGGAUUAUUGCCCAACUGAUUCUUUGACCAUGUAUAAUUGUAUGACUAGUCAAAGGAGCUAUAUUUGAUUUUUUCCAUAGGAAGUUUCCACAUGGACUUGAAAGUGUAGUAGAUUUUAAUAACAUGCAACUAGACUUUGAUAAUUCACCUUGCUUGACUAUCUUGCGCUCUCUUUUUCCAACAUUAUUUUGACUUCAUUUGUUUGUUCUUGCAAGUUGUUUGGGUUAAACUUUCCAUCAGUAAAUCUUCUCAUGAACCCUAAAAUUGUAAAUGACUUAAAUCCUCCCAUGUCCAGGCCAUCUAUCACGAGAGAGAAGGGUUCGGUUGGAGGGUAAAAUGAUCAUUGCACAAACUGAUUCUUUGACCAGGUGUAACGAUAUGACUAGUAAAGAUUGAAAAGAGGAGAAGGGGGAAGAAAAAAAAAAGACUAAGCAAUAUCUGGUCUCUACCAUACUUGCCUAAAACACUUCCUCUUUGUAUAUUUUCAAGUGAAUCUAUAUUUACAUAGGCAGGAUGGUUCUAUUUCAUGCUUUUGCCCCCAUGGAUGCUGAGAUAAGACUUUGUUCCUCUCUUUCUAUCUUUCUUCUCUUCUUUCUCUUCUCUUCUCUCAAAAUCCAACACUGUGUAGCAAUUGACAUCUCUUUGGGCCAGGCCCUGUCUGGAAACCAGACCAUAGUGUCCAAAGAAGGCCACUUUGAGUUGGGGUUCUUCACACCAGGUAACUCCCGUAACUACUACAUAGGUAUCUGGUACAAAACAAUUCCAGUCCAAACUGUAAUCUGGGUGGCGAACAGAGCAACACCCAUCUCCAACACCUCCUCUGCCGAGCUAAAAAUCUCGGAAGAUGGCAAAUUAGUCCUUCUCAAAAGUUCCAAAAUCCCAGUUUGGUCAUCCAAUUCAACUCCAUCAACCUCCAAUUCCACGGUUGCUGUGCUUCUGGACACCGGAAAUCUUGUUAUAAGCAAGGGGUCAAACACUACAAUUUGGCAGAGUUUUGAUCACCCAACUGGCACAUGGAUGCCAGGAGGAUGGCUAGGAGUUAACAAUAUCACAGGGGAGUAUCAGAGCACCACUUCAUGGGAGAAUCCUGAGAACCCCGAUGGAUCCAAUCAGUUCGUAUUGCUGUGGAAUGGUUCUGAAAUUUAUUGGAGCAGUGGGCUGUGGAAUGGCCAGUACUUCAGUGCAGUCCCUGGUACCAGAGAAAGCACUCCCUUCAACUUCACCUUCGUCGACAACAUGCAGCGGAAGUAUGCCAUGUAUACCAUCCUCGACAGUUCUUUCAUCACUCUGUGUUUUAUUGAUUCAUCCGGGCUAUUAAGACAAUGGUAUUGGCUGAACAGCACCCAGAAGUGGCAGACAGUCUUUACUCAACCUUUGGCUCAAUGUGAUGUCUACUCUCUAUGUGGAGCUUUUGGUAUCUGCGACCAGAAAAGCUUGAAUACUUGCAGGUGCUCCCAUGGUUUCGAACCAGCUCCAUUGAAAGAAUGGGAGUUCAAUGUUUGGAAGUCAGGGUGCAUGAGGAAAACCAGUUUGCGAUGCAGCAAUAAAAGCUCGACUGGUGGAGAAGGGGAUAGAUUUGUUGAAAUGACCAAUAUGAGAUUGCCUGCCAAUCCGCAGAACUUGACUGUUGGGAGUGCUAAAGACUGCGAACAGGCUUGCUUGAACAACUGCUCUUGCACCGCGUAUGCUUAUGUGAGUGGAUGCUCAAUUUGGACUGGCGACCUUCGGAACCUUCAACAACUCGAUGAUGGUGAUGGUAGAGCUGGAGCUCUGCAUCUCCAGCUCGCUGCCUCUGAUUUCCCAGCUUCAAAUAGCUCACAUAAGUUGGUAAUAGAUCUAACUCUAAGUGUCAUCGGUGGAAUUCUUGGGAUCUCCUUUGUUCUCGUCGGACUAAUUUGGGCAUUUCAAAGGAGGAAACAAAUUUGGAUGGAAAAACAAGUCGAUGGUUCUUUGAUUCAGUUUACAUUUGGCGAUUUUCAGCGUGUGACCAAGAACUUCUCUGAGAAGUUGGGCAGCGGUGGCUUUGGCUCCGUUUUUAAAGGGACAUUAAUUGACUCAACCGAAGUAGCUGUGAAGAAGCUUGAAGGCUUCAGACAAGGGGAGGAGCAAUUCCGAACCGAAGUGAGCACAUUGGCUGCUAUUCAGCAUGUCAAUCUAGUUCACCUUCGCGGUUUCUGCACCGAGGGCAGCAAAAGGCUUCUAGUUUAUGAGUACAUGUCCGGAGGUUCCCUGGACUCUCAUCUCUUUCAAAACAAAUCCACGGUUCUGGACUGGAAGACGAGGUAUCAAAUUAUUCCUGGGAUUGCGAGAGGAUUAGCCUACCUCCAUGAGGAGUGCAGGGAGUGCAUCAUACACUGUGACAUAAAGCCAGACAACAUACUUCUAGACAAGGACUUCUGCGCCAAAGUUGCAGACUUUGGCAUGGCGAAGCUCAUCGGUCGCGACUUCAGCAGGGUGCUGACAACCAUAAGGGGAACCAUUGGCUACCUCGCACCCGAGUGGAUUUCAGGCCUGCCAAUCACCUCCAAGGUUGACGUCUACAGCUUCGGGAUGAUGCUCUUUGAGCUGGUAUCAGGCAAGCGAAACACAACGCAGUCUGCGGAUGGGCGCAAAAUCUUCUAUCCGUCCUGGGUGGCAGCAAAGGUCGUUGAAGGCGAUAUAUUUAGCUUAUUAGAUCAUGGAUUCAAAGGUGCUGCCGACCUUGACGAGCUAACCAGAGUCUGCAGAGUUGCUUGCUGGUGCAUUCAAGAAUCUGAAGCUCACAGGCCAACAAUGGGACAGGUGGUGCAGAUCCUAGAGGGAGUCCUGGAGGUGAGCAUGCCGCCACUUCCUAGGGCUCUCCAGCUUCUCACGGAAGAUCAGAGCCAAAUUCGUUAUCAUUUGUCAUCAACUGAAUACAACGAUCCACUUGAUCAAUCUCAGGAUUUCCUUCAAUAGGUGUCAAGCUGUAAGGGGCACACGGUUCUUCGCGGAGCAUAUCAAUAACAUGUAACGGGUUAAAGAAAAGCUUAUAGUUGUUAUUAUUGAAUUAAAUUAAAUAUUUUAAAUUUUAAAACUAAAUUAGUCAACGGCCAAGUGGCAAGCAUCCAGCGUAACAGCAAAUAUGGAAAAAUUCCUAAAGAAAGCAAACCAUGACAAGUGUCAUACAUCCAGCGCAAGAGCAAGCAUGGAAAGGCCCCUCAAGAAGGAAGGAAACGUGG